CAGCGGUAUUGUCUCAUAACGGCCGAGUACUGCCUCGAUUAGCAUUGUGCUCGGGCGCAGGGGAAAAUUGAUAAAAGAUUACAAGAGUUAGUAUUGUCUGGACCUCUGAGGAGGAAGGAGCUACUCGAAGGAAUCUGGGCGGGCAGACGAGUUAAUUGAAUCAACUCAACGAACGCUUUCCGUUCUCUUGCUAUAGGAUUGUGCAGUGCGUCAAAAGUUUCAAAUGAAACUCUGCAGAACACUAAACAUCUGUUUUAGUGAUGAGGACGUCGCAAUUGUAGUCAGUAUUGCGUACCUACUAAUUUAAGAAGAACCAUCAAAAUGUACAGUAAAAGCUCACUCAUCCUAGCAAUGCUCUACACGUGCUGUGCUCUAGCAAAAGAGCUAACGGACAUCGAAAUCCUGACGUCACUGCCUACGCGAUGCACCUACGAGCACGCGUUUAACAUGUACGGAGCGCAUUGCGCGGGACUGCGGCUUCAGAAGAUACCCAACUUGAAAGGAAGUAUUGAGAUCCUCGACUUCAGCGAUAACAAAUUACGUAAAAUAUCGUCUGAUACUCUGUCAAGCUAUACAAGCAUCAAGUUCCUCUAUUUAUCUGAUAAUAAAAUCUUCCAAAUCGAAAAUGACGCCUUCGAUUCCCUCACAGAACUUCAAACGCUCGAUCUCUCUAACAAUGUCAUCAUAGAUUUGCCAGCAAAUAUUUUCCAGCUUCCCAAUCUAAGGAAAUUGUAUCUUAGCGGAAACUCGCCAAUACACGAGGAUUUAAAUCAAAUUGCACAAACAACAACUAUAGGAGCACCGCUGGAGUUACUGGAUAUCUCAAAUUGUGAGAUUAAAGUGUUACCCGAAUGGGGACUGCUCCCUCAAUUGAUAAUCUACAAUGUUUCACACAAUCCUUUGAGAUCACUCAAUGUGAAAUACUUCCCGGCAAUGUGCAAUUUGGCGAAAAUUGACAUCACUAAUUCUAUAGAGAAUAUUCGACUGUGUGAUCUCAGGCCGGCAAUUUCAUGGUUUCAAGACAGACUAAUAUACUUCCAGUUAGACGAUUACUCCACACUGAAUUCAAGAGAGUUUGCUAAAUGUAGCAACACGUACAACGCUGAUGCUUACAAUAGUACUUUUCAGAGAUGUAAAAGUAAAUUUCUGCAGGUUGAAAGUAAGCCGCCAAGCCGUCGGACAUGGCUGACCGUUACAGGUGGACUACUAGGAUUUCUAGUUGGCUUCGUACUGCUGCUCUACCUAAUGCACCGGCAUAACGUCGCACGUAUCAAGAGCGCAGAGAAAAAGAAGACAAAGCUAAAAGAAGGCAAUGCUGUCAAUGCUAUGCUGAUAAAUGACGUUUCCUAACAAAGUUUCACAAUAUAGAAAUUUUACAUUUAUUGCGUAGUACAAUAAGACAAGUAGGGUAACUCAAUACAAACGUAGCAGAGACACACACAUUCGCAUAAUCUCGCGGUGCAUUUACGUUCCAUAGCACGAGACGUCACACGCGCCAUUAAUUAGAAAGUGGUCGCUCGGUGUUAAAUUAAAUUAUUUAUGUGUGCUUACUCCACGUCGACCUCAUUGUCCUUUUCAUGAGGUGAGUGGGAAGUCAAAUGCACAUUUAUGUUUUAUUAAAAAAAAUACAUCAAAUAGUAGACGUGUUUAUUGUUGAGUUUAUGGUAGUUUGAACAAGAGUAACUCUCAAUCAGAAUUGUUCAGCGUUUCAUUUCUAUUUAAUAAUCAUACUCCCAUAAUCGAGGUACCAAUCCGCGAUACUGAUGUAAAAAUCAAUACGUUAGUGCUGCAUUCAACAAAGGUUAUUUUAAUAUAGCACGAAAAUACUGUAACAAACACCAUAUUUUUUUCCCUGUAGGUUAACAUAAUUUACAACUAAAAUAAUAAUGUGACAACCCUACACUACAAGCGAAGUGUACGCGAUGAACAGGCAGGAGUUGCUCUACUUGUCAUAUUAUAUUAUGUUUACCGUUUUGGGGUAAACGGGAGUAACUAGAAUAUAUACAAAGACACAACGUAGGUAAUAUUUUCUAUGUAUAUGUAUCAAUUCAAUGUAAAUAAUUUGUAAUGUUGUGUCUUCUAGUGACAAUGUGACCUGUGUUGCAAGAAUGUGACGAGCGUGUUAAAUAUCCAUACUACAUUAUUUAGUUGCAGCAUAAAAUGUUCAUGAAACCAAAGAAAACUAUCACAUAAAAUAUGAACACACAAAAUAUAGCCUCAAAGGCUGAAAUUAAUGCUAUUUAAAUUUUUUUUAUGCUUCUUUAUUUUUUAUAUUUAUAUUCUUUAUACACAAAAUACACAAGUCAAAGACUAACACGUUAUUGGUAGACCCCAAAAAGGUAGCAGUGGUAUUGACCAGUUAAUAAUGUAGUUGUUUGAUAUGUGGCAAGUCAGGUCAACUAUUAACUGGUCACCCCUUACCCACAAACUAUUGUAUAAGUAAAGAGAAAACUUUGCCGAAUAGGUACAGGGCGUUGUGUGUUAAACUGAUUUUGUAUAAUAGUGUUAAGUUAGAGGCUUAAAAAAACUGAUUAGACUUUCACUACAUAAUAAAUUGAUUAACUAUAUUAAUAUAUUACAUAAUAAUGUAAUAUUACAUUGAACUAAUAUUUGACAAAUAAUAUGCAUUUACUUUUCAUCACAAAAUAUCCUUACAUCCUUUUAGGUAAGAUUCACUGUGAUAGCUAAUUAACUCGUUAUUUUUAUUAAAA